AUGGCAUCCCUGGAGGAGUCUCUCGAACGAUUUUGGAAGCUGGAAGAGUUAAGCGUCAAUGAUUCGUACUCACCUGAUGAGCGGCGAUGCGAAACAUUGUAUAAAGAAACCACUCAGCGCGACGAGUCGGGUCGCUAUAUUGUACGAUUGCCCAAACAGACCGACUUCACGGAAAAGCUUGGCCUGUCUAAAACUACCGCUUUGAGACGCUUCGAGCUGCUGGAGAGGAGGCUAGAACGCAACCCACAGCUCAAGGAAGACUAUCAUGCCUUCAUGAAGGAGUAUUUGGAGCUGGGGCACAUGUCGCUCAUGAACAAAGAUAGUGGGGAUGAACAGGCGUACUACCUACCGCACCAUCCCGUAUUUAAAGCCUCCAGUACCACCACGAAAGACGAGCUGCUUGAUAUUGUGUUGCGAUUCCGCACCUACCAAAUAGCACUUGUGGGAGAUAUAGCGAAAAUGUACCGACAAAUAUUGCUGCAUUCUGAUGAUCGUCGAUUGGUGCGCAUAUUCUUUCGAUUCUCGCCACAAGCUCCGAUCCAAGUAUAUGAGCUCAACACCGUUACAUAUGGACUAGCACCUUCCUCGUUUCUGGCUACACGCACACUUAUCCAACUAGCAGAUGAUGAAGGGACUGAAUAUGCGCUUGCAUCUGCAGCCCUGAAACGAAACUUUUACGUGGACGACUUCAUUGGUGGUGCCAAUAACGUUCGCGAAGCUGUUCAGCUGCGUAAGGAGUUAUCAGCGCUACUUGCCAAAGGUGGGUUUGAGUUGCGCAAGUGGACAUCAAAUAAUCUGAGCGUGCUCUCCGGCUUAAGCACCGAGUAUAUCGGCACACACUCAUCGCUGCAUUUUAUACCCAACGAGACGGUCAAAGCACUCGGCAUCUCGUGGAAGCCUGAAUCGGAUGAGCUGUGUUUUGAAUCCAACACUGAGGCUGAUGAAGCCACGUCGACCAAGCGAUCUAUUUUGUCGAGCAUUGCCAAAAUGUACGAUCCGCUCGGAUUGAUAGCACCGGUGAUCGUGCGUGCUAAGAUGCUGAUGCAGGAGCUAUGGCUACUCAAAUCCGGCUGGGAUGAACCUGUUCCUAAUCACAUCUGUAAAAAAUGGAAGGCGAUUCAGAGCGACUGGAAAACGUUAUCCGAGUACAGGACUAACCGUUACGCUCUCUUACCAGAUGCAACAGUAGAAUUUCACACAUUUACCGAUGCUUCGGAGGCCGCCUACGGAGCAUGUGUGUACGCUCGUUGUGAAAGCGCGGCGGGAGAAGUCCGCAUCAGCCUAUUAGCUUCGAAGUCUCGAGUGGCACCACUGAAGCGCGUCACGUUGCCGAGGCUUGAACUAAGCGCAGCUGUCCUGGGCGCCCAUCUGCAUCAUCGCGUCAAGGAGGCAAUGCAGAUCGUGUGCGCCGAAUCGUUUUUCUGGUCCGACUCAACAGUGACGCUAAAAUGGAUUGCGUCACCUCCCAACUCCUGGAAGACGUUCGUGGCAAAUCGAGUAGCUGAGGUGCAACACUACUCUCAUCCAAGGCAAUGGAGGCACGUUCCUGGCACAUCCAAUCCUGCUGACUUGGUUUCCCGAGGCAUGUCGGCAGCACACUUCACGCAGAAUCAGCUUUGGAAUAACGGUCCAGAUUGGCUUGUGCAACCUUCGUCCCAUUGGCCCAGCUCAGAUCCAGAACCAAGCGAUGAGGCGGACCUAGAAACACGCCAGAUAUGA